GGUCUCCUGGAGAUUUCUGGAGGCGUUUCACUAGAGCCCGGGACUGCCUGUUUUGUCUAGCCGAAAGCUGGCGGUGCUGCAUGUGUUUGCGUAUAUAUAUGACUGCUCGUCAUUUUCCCCCGAUUUCUCAAGCUCCAUCUCCACGUCUGAUCGUCGCUGUCGUUCGCCCUGCGCAAACGUCAACAUGUUCGGGAAGAAGUAUUUCGGUUUUCGGGGGAGGUCCCUCAACCUGGCCAUCAGUUCGCUGGGUAGUCUUGAUUUCCUGCUUUUCGGUUACGAUCAGGGCGUGACAGGUGGUCUUCUGGACCUGCCGUCCUUCAUCAAGUACUUUCCAGAGAUCAAUUCGGAGGCCUGUACAGAACUAGAUGGACCUGGCUGUAGAAGCCAGCGCAGUACCAACCAAGGAAUUGCUGUCGCGUCAUACAACCUGGGAUGUUUCAUCGGAGCUAUCUUGACCAUUUUCGUCGGUAACCCACUUGGUCGUCGUCGCACUAUUUUCUGCGGCUGCACUACUAUGACUAUUGGCGCUAUCUUGCAAUGCACGUCCUACAGUCUGCCCCAAUGGAUUGUUGGCCGCAUUGUGACUGGAAUUGGCAACGGCAUGAACACCAGUACUGUACCAACAUGGCAAUCGGAAUCUGCAAAGGCCCACGAUCGUGGAAAGCUGGUCAUGAUUGAGGGUAUGCUGAUUACUGCGGGAAUUACUCUGAGUUACUGGAUCAACUACGGCUUCGCCUUCCUACCCGACCACGAGGUAUCAUGGCGCUUCCCAAUUGCAUUCCAGAUCUGCUUUGCUAUCACCAUCUUCACGUCUAUUAUGAACCUCCCCGAGUCGCCUCGGUGGCUUGUCAUGCAAGGGCGUGACGAGGAGGCCGUGGAGAUUCUCGAGCUGCUCAACGAAUUGCCGCGCGAAGACCCGUACAUCCAGAACGAACUGCUGUCGAUCAAGGAGACUGUUGUCGAGAUGUCCAAGGGCUCCUAUCGCAGUCUGUUCGACAUGUCCGAGUACCGUGAAUUCCACCGUGUCGCGCUCGCCUAUGUCAACCAGAUGUUCCAGCAGAUUUCCGGAAUUAACCUGAUCACCUACUACGCUCCUGUUUUGUACGCAGAUAUUGGUCUCGGUGGUGGUAACACCGCGAAGCUGAUGGCUGCUUGCAACGGAACUGAAUACCUCAUGGCCGCGUUCAUCCCCAUCUUCAUCAUCGAAAAGGUCGGACGUCGUCCACUGAUGCUCUUCGGUGCUGCGGGAAUGUCAGUCUCCAUGGCCGUCCUCGCAGGCUGCGACUACCGGCGCGAUUUCCUCGGCGAGACGCAGGCUGGUAUCGGACAGGCUGUGUUCCUCUUCGUCUUCAACACCUUCUUCGCCAUCGGCUGGCUCGGUAUGACCUGGCUGUAUCCUGCUGAGAUCGUGCCUCUGCGUAUCCGUGCGCCGACCAACGCGCUGUCGACGUCUGCGAACUGGAUCUUCAACUUCAUGGUCGUCAUGAUCACGCCCGUUGCGUUUGAGAAUAUCAAAUACCAGACCUACGUUAUCUUCGCUGUCAUUAACGCCUUCAUGUUCCCCGUCGUGUACUUCUUCUUCCCCGAGACCCGGUACCGAUCGCUGGAGGAGAUGGACGCCAUCUUCAAGAAAUCCACCAACGUCUUCAACGCCGUCUCGCUAUCCAUCAAGGAGCCAUACCGCUACGACAAGCACGGCCAGCUCAAGCCCGAGUACGUCGAGGAGGCCGUCCGCCGCGACAGCGUCACGGGCCACAUCCAGCCCAAGUACGAGAGCGGCGACAGCACCAACGAGUCUGGCGAGGUCAAGGGGGACGAGAAGCGAGUUGAGCACAACGAGUAAGCUCUCGCGUUCCAGUUCAGAGAGGUGAAUGAGAUGAGAUGAGAUGCUGGUAAUUUUAUACCCACCGUGCUGGCAGCCUUAGAACUGCACUGCGCGCUAUGUUUUCGAUUCAGAUUGGGCAACCAUUUUUUACUUUUAUUUUAUUUCUCUUAUGUUGCUAGCUAGCUACCAACUGUCGGUAUUUCCAUAGUGCUAGAGCUCUUAUUAGACAGGAUAUGGUUAGAUGAACUAGCUUAAUGCGAGCCCUGCAC